AGUUUAAAGGUAGUGUGCAGGGACACGGAAGUACAGUAUGUAAGUUUCUUAACUUGUGAAACAUUGUAUUCUUCAAAUGAUUACAAUUACAUCCUCCUUUAACCUUUCAUGCAGUUUCAAAUGUGUGCGACGUUCUAAUGCUUUAUAAAGAAUGAGCAAACCAAUAACUUCGUCUACUUAUGUUCGGUGCCUAAAUCAUGGAAUGUUUAGAAAACUCGCAGAUUAUCUGGACCCUCAAAAUGACUGGAAGAAAAUUGCAACGGAUAUCAUUAAACCAACAGGCGAACCAAGAUAUAACCAAUUUCACCUAAGGAGAUUUGAAGGAGUAGUAGCCAUGGGGAAAAGUCCUACAACUGAAUUACUGUAUGACUGGGGGACAACAAACUGCACGGUCGGGGACCUUGUGGACAUUUUAUUACAAAACCAGCUUCUUGCACCUGCUAAUAUACUACUUCCAGAUGUUGUAAAAGAAACACCGGCUUCACAACCAAUUGCCCCCCUGAGUUCCCAGGACACCAUUCCUUAUGUUGAACCCAUGAUGCAAAAUCUAAUUGAGCCUCAGUCUCCAACUAUGGACAGCACAACUCCAGAGGAGCUCAGUGACACAGGCUUCCACAACUUUACAUUCCUUGAACUGAUGAAGCUCACAAGUAACUUUGAUGAACGUCCAAUGUCCUCCGGUGGCAAUAAGCUUGGAGAGGGAGGCUUUGGAGUAGUGUACAGAGGCUGCUUUGACAACAAAGUAGUGGCAGUGAAAAAACUUACAGCAGUGCCUGAGUUUUCUCUUCAAGAACUGAGACAUCAGUAUAAUCAAGAAAUCAAAACUAUGAUGAUGUGCCAACAUGAAAACCUAGUAGAAAUGAUUGGUUUUUCUUCCGAUGGGGAUCAUCCUUGCUUAGUGUAUGCUUACAUGCCCAAUGGCUCUUUGCUGGACAGACUGGCCUGCCAGGGUGGUACAAGCCCACUGCCUUGGAGUACCAGGUGUUCCAUUGCUGUAGGUACAGCAAGAGGUAUUGAAUAUUUACACAGCAAGAAUCACAUUCACAGGGACGUUAAAAGCGCCAACGUCUUGCUGGAUAAAAUGCUUGUGCCAAAGAUUGCAGACUUUGGGCUAACUCGAGCUUCAGAAAAACUGACCUCGACAAUAAUGACAGAAAAGGUUGUGGGUACAACUGCUUAUAUGGCACCUGAGGCAUUGCGAGGGGAGGUCACACCCCUAUCGGAUGUUUUUAGUUUUGGUGUAGUUUUGCUGGAAAUAAUAUCAGGUCUUCCUCCAUUUGAUGAGAACCGUGAACCACAGCUUCUGUUGGAUAUUAAAGAUGAAAUUGAAGAUGAGGAGAUGACAAUAGAGGACUAUGUGGACAAGAAAAUGGAAGAUUUUGACAUGCCAUCAGUAGAGAAAAUGUAUUCAGUCACUACCCAGUGUCUUAAUGAGAGAAAGACCAGAAGGCCAGAUAUGAAGAAGGUAAAUGGAUUGCUUGAAGAAAUUAGGGCUGCUAAUUCUUGAGUGCAUUUUGAAUGAGACAACUAAACAUUUUAAGUAAAGCAAAUUGAUGCUUUAUUUUAAUUUUUUUUAAAUCUCAUAUUUGAUCAGAUCUUGUGUUAUUCCAUCAUAUUGAGUUUUUUUGCAGGGACCUAUCAAUCCAUCUUUAUUUUAUAGUGUCUCUCAUAGUGGACCACCAUCACAAAGCGCUUUACAAGGUGCAGUAACACCAAAAUCCAUAAUACUUUAAAUACAGAGAAGUGUAUAUAAUACAGUGCAUAUAUAUGUUUUCUAUACUGUAAAUUAUGUGAAGUGUAAGUCUGUAUGAAUGUGCCUGCUGACCAGUGGGGCCUACUUACCUGUUACAACUGCAAUUAUUAUUUUAAAUGUAUGUAAUAAUAAAACAUUUCUUUAUUGUAAA